AUGUCCGCUAAUUCAACAAAUGUGUCCUUGUCUGGAGAGAUUAUUCACCUGAAUGUUGGCGGCACAAGAUUUUCUACCUCAAGACAAACUUUGACAUGGAUACCAGAUUCAUUUUUUACAAGUCUGUUAAGUGGACGGAUCGCUUCCCAAAAGGAUGAAACUGGAGCAAUUUUUAUCGACCGGGACCCUAAACUGUUUUCUAUCAUUCUCAAUUUCUUGCGGACCAAACAAGUGGACCUUAAGGAAGUCAGCCUACCCACCCUUCGGCAUGAAGCAGAGUUUUAUGGUAUCACUUCCCUAGUACGACUCCUAAUGUUAUGUGAGGACCUCGACCACCCAACAUGUGGUGGGCUACUUUUCCACUCAUAUCUUGCCCCUCCAAUGCCACCUUGCCCUCCAGUCCAAAAUCACUCAGAAGAGGGUGCUACAGGAUCUGACAUUCCUCAUUCUCCCAGUUUGGGAUCCAGAGACACAGGACCUUUAAAUCCCCCCACACACAAUAGACGUCUCUCUAUGGACUCUAGCUUUAGCCACCGCAGACAUUCUAUUCCUGAUGACCCUUCUGCACAGCCCACAGAAGAUUCUACCUCAGACUCUCGCCAGACAGGAAACGACAAAUGCAAUUCAGGCCAAACAUGCACUGAACCCCUCCGAGUGACCAUGCUGAGAGGUCACCAUAAUUGGAUCUGUACAGCAUAUUUACAUUUCAUCAGCUGUUUUCGGAUGAAAGACUCCACUGGUUGGCACCUGAUCUGGACCAGUCCUUAUAUGGAAACACCUGUUGACCGUGUAGCCAUUAAUGCCAAAGUGGUCAAUGCAAAUACAGACAACACCAAGAAGAUGGUGGCUGCUUCAUCUGGUAAUCUCAUUCGACUCUGGAUGGUAAAUCAGGAUGGUUCCAGUAGAGAAGUUGGGUUAUUCAAUUUGAAUGUAUCUGUGGAUUCACUUUUUUUCAUUGGGAGUCAACUUGUGGCCCUCAGCCAGACAGGCAAAGUAGGCGUGUGGCAUGCUAUGACCCAACACUGGCAGAUCCAAGAUGUUGUUCCAGUGACCAGCUAUGAUACAGCAGGAAGUUUUCUUUUACUUGGCUGUAGGAAUGGUUCUAUUUAUUAUAUAGAUAUGCAGAAGUUUCCUCUGCGGAUGAAAGACAAUGACUUGCUAGUCACUGAACUCUACAAAGAUCCUGAUAAUGACAUGGUUACUGCCCUAAGUGUUUAUUUGACACCAAAAACCAGUUUGAGCGGCAAUUGGAUUGAGAUUGCAUAUGGCACAAGCUCUGGUACAGUGAGGGUUAUUGUACAACACCCAGAGACGGUGGGACAUGGUCCACAAUUAUUCCAAACGUUCACAGUCCACCGGAGUCCCAUCACCAAGGUUAUGCUCUCAGAAAAACACCUGGUCUCAGUGUGUUCCGAGUACAACCAUGUGAGGACGUGGAGUGUGACCAGAUUUCGAGGGAUGAUCUCAACACAGCCUGGCUCCAUGCCACUCGCCUCCUUCAAGAUUGUUUCCCUUGAAGGAGUAGAUGACCAGACAGACUGUUGUUCAAGAGGAAAUGGCCAUGGAAAGUUGCCAGGUCCAUUUGGUGAACAAGAUGACCAGCAAGUAUUUGUACAAAAGGUUAUACCAGAUUCUGACCAGUUAUUUGUCCAGCUCUCCUCCACAGGCCAUCGGAUAUGUGUCAUCCGUUCUGUCGAUGGCAGCACCAUCAGUGCCUUCUGUGUACAUGAAUGUGAAGGCUCCAAUCGCAUGGGCUCUCGACCAAGACGUUACUUGUUCACUGGUCACUCCAAUGGUAGUAUACAGAUGUGGGAUUUGACAACAGCACUUGAAAUGGCUUCUAAGGCGGGGCAAAGUAGUUCUCUUGGAGGUCCAACUCCAUCUGAGCUUGUGCGGCUUCUUGACCAGUAUGAUCUAACUAAUUCUCGAAGCUCCACUCCUUGUGCCAGUCCAUGUCCGUCAGUGACUUUAGGUCACAGUAUCCAGUUGCCAAUGAGUUCAAACCACCCUCGAUACUCAGGAGGUUUCCCUUGGCCUCCAUCAUCAUCUGGGGAGGUUGUUGGAAUGAUGGAUGGUAGUGCUAGUGUUAAUGGGGCUUUUGCUGGUGGGGCCACUGCCGCAGUUGCUACCAUUAUGCCUCGUGGUGGAGAUCACAAUGCAGACAAUGAUGGGAAGCGUUAUCCUUCAGUAUCAAAAGUGGUAAAAGAUCGAAAUCAACCAAACAGCUAA